GAAAUAGUUAAUUGUGCGCUAGUCGAAAGCGCAAAGCAAAUUUCAAACCGAGAUUAUAGAGCCACACUAGGAAAUGAAGAACUAACUGAACACGGUUCCAUGUCUAUGUUCAUUUAACUACAAUGUUUACUUCACUCACAAUGCUUUAUAAGUAUGAAAUUGGAAAGUAUAAAGAAAAUGAUGAUCAAAAUACUCAGCGCGUGUGUUUGUGUGCGCGCUCUUGUGUCUUUUUUUGCCCAAGUGACUCGCCGUCGUGCGAUGACGUCACAUCUCCGCCAUUGGUAAACCAUUGGCGGUUUUUGUGAUUUCAGUUGGUCUCCCUUGCUUACGUUGACGCAAGAAAAAAAACAACAUGGAGCGUGGAAGAAUGAGCAGAGCCGCAGGCAGGCAGUCUGAGCUGCCCAUGCGAGGGCAAAACUCUAAUAGGAUGAGCACGGCAUACACAACUCCCCGCAGUGAAAAGCCUUCAAUGGGUAAGCUCAGCAUGUCCAAACCACUGUCGCAGACAACUGAGCAGCGGACAAGCUUCUUUGGUCAACGUACAAGUGGAGCUAGCAUGCCGCGCAGCAGCUCCAUUUAUGGCUUUGGCGGGCCCGAGAAGCUCAAAGAUGCACGACCUCUGCACGACAAAGCUUAUGUUCAGCAGUGCAUCAGACGGCUGCAUGAGUUUCUGACAGACCAGGGCUACAACGUGUCACCCAAGACCCUCCAGUCACCAUCCACCAAGGAGUUUGUCAAGAUCUUUGAGUUCAUCUAUCGUCAGCUGGACCCCACUUUUGAAAUGCCGAACUCCAAAGUGGAGGAGGAGGUUCCAGCUCUCCUCAAGUCGUUGAGAUAUCCGUUUGUUCUGUCCAAGAGUUCUAUGUAUUCCGUGGGCGCUCCCCACACCUGGCCUCAGGCGCUGGGUGCCCUCAUGUGGUUGAUUGACACUGUCAAGAACCUCACAAGCCAGACCCACCAAGAUCUUCUAUUCAUGGACUUCAGCGAAGAUGGGGACAACAUUGAUAACAGCGCAGAUUACAACAGGCUCUUCCUCGAAAACACAGCAACUGCAUACGCCAAAUUCAUGCAGGGCGUGGACACCUACGAGGAGGACGACGAGGCCUUCAUUUCUGAGCUCAAGAAGAUGUGCAACUAUGAUGAAGAGGUGCUGGCUGCCAUGGAGGAGAAGCACAGGGUGCUGAUGGAAGAGGUACAACGACUGGAGAAGGAAAACAAAAAGGAUCGUCUCGAGGCCAAGAGGAUGGAGAAGAUGAAGCUGCAGUUGGACCUCCAGAAGCUGCGUGAAUAUCACGUCAAUCUGGAGACUUUCCAAGCAAACUUAGAGAAAAAGGACUUGGAGCUGCACGAUGGGCUCAACCUUGCUGUCAACACUCUGGAGUCUCUGAAUGUUGAGCAGGCCGAGCUGCAAAAGAUCCUGGAAAACCAAAAGUACACACCGGCCGACAUCGAGAGGAUCAACCAGGAGAAGCGGGAGCUUCUGCAGGCCAUCGCCAGUCACGGCAAGUCUCUGGAGCAAGCCGAGCAGCACAAGUGGAGCGAAGAGAUCACGCUGGCCAAAGUGAAAGAGAAGGCUGAGUUGAAGCUUAACAAGUACCACAAGCUGGCUCGCAAGUUGAAGCUGAUACCGAUGUCUGCUGAGAAUGCCUGUGGCCAUGACUUUGAACUCAGGCCUUUUGAAUGUGGACCCGGGAACAUCCAGCUCAAGUCACAGACACAGCAUCUUAAAAAGCUAAUCCUUGACUUGGAGGAGGAUCGCAGCCGACUGUCCAAUGCCAAGUUCAGCCUGGAAGAGUCUUGUGAACAGUUGAACUCGAACAUCUUGGACAAGGAGAACGACCUAAAGCAGCUGAAAGAGCAGAUCCGCAAGGUAGAUGAGCGCUUGGAGGCCAGCCAGAAGGAGCUGGCCCGAGAGACCCAAGAGUGGGCAGUGGAGUUGGAGACGGUCGAGAGUAAUCGCAAUCUGCUUGAAGAGAAGGUCAACUGCGGUUAUGAUGACGCUGUGCAGCAGCAUAAGGCGCUGCAGCAAGAGUACCAUCUGGUUCUGCUGGAGACCACAGAGGAGAGGCGAACUGUCGCCAACAACCUCACGAGCGUCUUCACCACGGCAGCAGACCACCUGUCCAAAACCGAGAAUUUUCUGCUGGAGGUGCACAGCCACAUGCCGCACCUGUUUGCGAAGGCAAUGGAGGACGACGAGAAGGCCGUGAAGGACCUGAAGGAGAUGCUAAAGUACUUCAGGUCGAAGGUUAAAAAAGCAAAAAACUAAAGUUAAGUCACCAGUUUAGAGUUUGUUUGUUUUGGUGCUUCAAGUGUUUUUGAUGUUUUGUGUGUUCUGUUGACUGUUAAAUUUGUAUUAAUAAAGAGUUUGAAGUGUAAUAUUUUUAUCUGAGUUUGGGUUUUUCAGCGUCACCACACUUCCUCCGGGUGCCCUUAGAGGACAGCACACACCAAUUAGAGCGGUCCCUCGUCCCUGGGUCCAGUGUAUUACAAGCGAUUGUAGCAC